AUGUCUGCCUCUAUCCUCCGCGUCGCCGCCCGCGGCUCGACCAGCUUCUUCCGCGCGAACCCCAUCCGCCAGCCUCUCGUCGCCCGCUCCGGCAUGCUCCUGCCCAUCGUCGCGGGUGUCCCGGCCGCCAGCAACUUCAGCACCAGCGCCCGCCUCCGCUCCGGCGACCACGCCGAGGAGACUUUCGAGGAGUUCAGCGCGAGAUUCGAGAAGGAAUUCGAUGGCGUCCAGGACGUUUUCGAGCUUCAGCGUAACCUCAACAACGCCUUCGCCUACGACUUGGUCCCCUCUCCCUCCGUCGUCGCCGCCGCUCUCAAGGCCGCCCGUCGCGUCAACGACUUUGCUACCGCCGUCCGCAUCUUUGAGGGCGUCAAGGCCAAGGUCGAGAACAAGGGCCAGUACGAGCAGUACCUCGAGGAGCUCAAGCCCCUGAGGGAAGAGCUCGGCGUCCCCCUCAAGGAGGACAUCUACCCCGAGGAGAAGAACUAA